AUGGCAGGGCUGAGGAGGAAGCUGAAGGUGUUGCUGAUGUUCAUGAUGGUCAACCUCUUCAUCUUCAUAGUAUCCCGCAGUGGAGGACCGGACAAAAGCGAAGAAAGCAAGGUGCUUGUACCUUCCAAGCGUUUCUGGUCAAAACUGACCCCUAGCCAGGCCUUCUGGAACCUUCAGCAACAGAGACUGGACUUUCAGGGGAACCCGGUCCUCGCCUACGCCUACAACAAUGACUCCGGCAACGUGGACGCCAUCGGACCAAUCCCCGAUUGGUUGAACGGCACCGGCCCGAACUCUGACCCCUGCCAGCCAGACUACAGUGUCACCUCUCACGUCGCGGACUACAACUCCCUGCCGGUCCGUCUGAAAGACUUCCUGCUCUACAUGCGCUGUCGCUCGUACCCCCUGGUGGUGGACCAGCCCGAUAUCUGCCGGAGGACCCCGGGCGGGGAGUCGCCGUACCUACUGAUAGCCGUGAAGUCCCUCGCCUCGCACUUUGACCGUCGCCAGGCCAUCCGGGAGUCAUGGGGCCGCGCCGGCGUCCUGGCCAACAAGACCGUGGUGACCGUGUUUCUGCUCGGCAACUCCACGGCCGUGGAUCACCACCCGGACCUGUCUGAGAUGCUGCGCUACGAGAACGCUCGCCACCGCGACAUCCUCCAGUGGAACUAUAGGGACACCUUCUUCAACCUGACCAUUAAGGAGGUGCUCUUCCUGGACUGGAUGAGCACACGCUGUCCUGGAGCUCAGUACAUCUUUAAAGGGGACGAUGAUGUCUUUGUCAACACGCUGGGGGUCUUGGACUUCCUCAAGGGGCUCUCUGGCUCCCGGGCGAAGGACCUGUUCAUCGGGGAUGUCAUCACCAACGCUGGGCCUCACCGAGACAAGAAGGUGAAGUACUUCAUCCCGGAGAGUUUGUUUCUCGGCGUUUAUCCACCGUAUGCCGGUGGCGGGGGUUACCUGUUUUCCGGCAACCUGACCGGGCGGCUGCUCUGGGCCUCCCGGCACGUAGCGCUGUAUCCCAUCGACGACGUCUACACAGGGAUGUGCCUCAGGAAGUUGGGUCUGGCGCCGGAGAAACACAAGGGCUUUAGGACGUUUGGCAUCGAGGAGAAGUACCGGCGAAACCCUUGUGCCUACAGAAGCCUUCUGCUGGUCCACAGCCGAACACCGCAGGAGAUGAUCCAGAUCUGGGCCUGGCUCAACGACACCAAAUUGAACUGCCAGUAACCACCCGGGCCGGCGGCCAUUUUGACUUUUUUACGUGAACUGUCUGUAGUUACCUUGCCCGGUCCAAAUAGUUGAUUUAAUGUCUGGUAUUUUCAGGGUUGAGGCCCAGGGCCAUUGUUCUGUAACACAUGGUUCUGUAAACAAUUUUGGGUGGGGAGGUUGCGAUGCAGAGUCCGACGUUGGCAGCUUUGUUUUUGUUGUUCAAGUCUUCAACUUGGCGGUGGGGGGGGGUGAUUGUGUUGUCGGGCCAACAUAUUCUGUUGGUCUUUGCAAAAUGGCUGACGACGUGUUUUGACUCAAGUCUGGCUAAUGGACAGACAUGACGGCAAAGCUCUAACACUGUGUCUGACGGCUCAUCAAACAACCUUUUAAAAUGCUGCCCCCCUAGAGGCAUCUUAACGGAGUGUCUCAAACCGUUGGUGCGUUGUCAAGGAGACCGGCCACGUGUUUGCCAGACAACCUUGCGUCUCGGCCUGACCCUCGACCAGUCCAUUGGUUGAGCGCCCAGCAGGUAUGGGCUGGAUGUUAAUGUUUUGUGCAAAAGUCUGAGAUGCUCUUCACCUUCGCUUCAGGUCCACAAAUUGCUGCUAAUAGCAUACUUUAACAAAGACCAAAAUAAUUUGAGUGGUUACCAAGGCAAUCAGCUAUUUGAUUUGUGUUUUCAAGCUUUUUAGCCGCUGUUACUGUUUGUAAGCACAUCUUAAAGAUAUACUGUUUAUUUAUCCAAAAAACUGCUUUGUUAAAAAUAAGUUUGGAGUUUAGAAAAAGUCUGGUCUUUUCCACGACUGCCUUAAAUGUGUAGGUCUUGAAGUUGUCAGUACUGUACUGUCAUUCACAUUAGGUCACAGAAUUUCAUUAGUUGAAAUUUUUGUCUACAGUGAUCUGCAUCCAGCCUGAUCCUAAAUGUUUGUUUUAUUUAUUUAUCAAUUGUCUGCACAAUUCACAAAUUUAUUAUUUUUUUGAUUUGUUUGAAGAAACUGAUGUUAAAUUACUAUAUUUGACUGAUUCUAUUAAUUAAGUCCUAUUCUGCGCUGGAGGAAGAUGUCCAGAUUUUAUUAUCACCUUACUCUGGAGAAGUAGACAAAAGGCAUAAAUGCCGAAAUACAGAAGUUGGUCCCUUUCAGUACAGAUACAAUGGCAGAUUACUGGCUUUAAUCUGAAUACAUUUACAAGUACCUAUAUCUGCCUGGUUCAGUAUGCAGAUGUGAAAGGUUGCAAACAGCAAGGUCAUAAAUAGACCAAUAUGAGUCCUUAGUCCAUAAGCCCAGAGUGAGAGGUUUGUUCUACAAGAAAUUACAUUUGGUGCGAGCCUGUGUACGUGCGUGUGCACGUUUCCCUCUCUGGUGGAUGUUUAUCCCUCACCCUGAUAACCAUCUGCUUCUUUGGGGUGGCAUUCAGUAAGACAAGGAUUUGGAAGAUUCAAAUAAAAAUUUAUUCAGAACAAUGCAUCUCUAAUCCGUGGAAAAAAAUAAAUCUACGAUUGGUGUCUGCUUCAUUCCUGACGCCUCUCUUCAACCUUCACUUGCUGUAUGUGCCGUGUCUGUCUACACAGCAAGGAUGUGGGCAGGAAAUGUGAUGGGCUGGGCGUCUGCUUC